AUGCGCUCAUCACACUAUCUGCUCAGCCUACCGCACGCUUCUCGCAUGGAGAGCGAAAAGCACCUCCGCGUGCAGCUCACCACGUUGACAUCGAGCAGCACGCUUUCGGAGGGCAAGACUGAUGCUGCUCCAUCCAGCAUGAGUGACCGUAAAAGGCGAAUGACGCUGCUCAUACACGUAUCUGCUGCAAGCUGGAACGCCGUCGAAGCUCUCAAUUCUUCAUUGACGCCGCUAGUAGCACCACCUCAGGCCACAGCUCCACACCCUGAGCGUCAGAGCUCAGCACCGCAAGAGCAGAGUCAAGAAGAUCGACUGCAGGCCGCAUUUGACGCUUCGAUGGAGGGAGACCUGGACGCCGCGCUCAGGACAGCUGCACGGGGAUCCAGUGGCCAAGAUCCAAUGUUGGAGGAAGUCGGUGGCGCCGGCGCGGAUACUGCUCGCGCUCUGAGCAAUAUCGGGAAUGUCUCUCUGGGCCAAGGGAGCAUACAAUCGACCGGCGGAUCUCUCGCUGCUGAUUGGGCUCUCGCAAUGAGUCGCGGAAAGGUGCGUUUUAAGAUUGUAGAGAUUUUCUGCGGAGCUGCGGAGGCGAAGAGUGCUAGCAGAGGCGACUCUACAUUUGCCAAGCACCCAUGUUCCCUCAUCCUCCCGCUCUCUUGCGCCAGAUCCUGACCUCUUGUUGAAUGAUCCUCUCGCGACUCGCAGGGUCGCGAAGCCGUGGGCACCAGUCUAUACAGCUCUGAGAUGGAUCUGGCUCUACCCAUUGCGAAGCGUUUGGGUACGUGUCCCUCUCGACGAAAGCCACGUGGCAAUGGAAGCGAGCCUUGUGCAGGGUGUUAGCAACAGACUCACCUCUUUCAUCAUCACCCUUCAUCCUUGCGCGCCCUAAGCGUCCGUGCUGGACUUGCCUCAGGUCCUUCUUUCCGUCAGCCCCUGCGCGGUGCAAGCCGGUGGACUUGACUCUUCAGCUACAACAAGCGCUGAUGAAGCGGGAGCGGCUCAUAUCGCUUUUCAACGUGGCUUGCUUGGACUGGCCAGGCAAGAGCUGGCCGACCUCGAGGCCUGA